AUGGCCUCCCUCCCCUCCCAGCACCCGUCGCUGGCCCUUCACCUGACGGACCGCGCCCUCAACCCGAUUUUGACAUCGGCGCGCUCCCAGCCCCAGCUCGAGGCCCUCAGCUCCCUGACCACAACCGCCCUGACCGCCCACGCCGCCGCGAACCGCUUCUCCCUCGGCCCCGCCCAGCGCAUCAUUGUCGAACACGGCCCCGGCAGCCCCGUCGUCCUGGCCUCCUUCCUGAACGGCGCCGACGCCCUGCCGAACGGCGGAGAGGCUUCCGCCGCCGCCGCCACUGCCAACAACCGUGCCUCCUCCUCGGCCCCCUCGAGGCUCGUGUCGUCGGGCGUCGCGGCCGGUACCACCUCGACAGCGGUGUCGUCCGCCGCGGCGUCGGCAAGGAUGGGCGCGAUACCCGACCUAGGAAAGUCGGGCGAGGACUCGGGGAGCGCGGCGCCCAUGCUGGUCGGCGUCGUGGCCGCAGCGACCGGCGAGGAGGCCAUGGAAGCGCGCCGCGCUGCCGGCAGGCUUGAGAGGGUGGGCAGGGAAUUUCAGUACGAAUGGGCCGCUGAAGAAGGCGCAGGCGACGCGCUCGGUGAUGGCCAGUGA